UAACAAAAACACGAAAAAUUUCUCAUAUAUAAUAUAUAAAAUUGUUUGCUAAAUCAUCCGAUAUUGUUAUUCCCCGAUUUGGUUCACAUUUGUUUUACGAAUUGCAAAAAUCCCCGCGCUUACGGACGAAUAAUAAUCGACGUUCCAUCAAAACGAGAUCCUCAGGAGUUCAGUUGCACAAUGCCAGUGACCGGGGUUGGACGAGUGCUCGCGGUGGUUUUAUUAUGCGCACAUUUAAGUGACGCCCAGUUCACUGUACCGGAUGUCAUAAUACAGGCAUUAAGACCGAAAGGUCUUCGUGUUUAUAUACCAGAUUCUCCAAAUGUAAGUUUGUUUGUGUUCCAAGGGAACAUUAAUAAAAAAAUUGGUGAAAAUGAUGUCGGUACUGUAUCAGCAGAGAUUACCAAACCCACAGACGGAAAGUGGCUUUAUGAAAAUCGGAAUUUGGAUUUAAAAGUCGGUGACGUCAUCAAUUACUACGUUUACGUGGUUAGCGAUAAAAAGGGUUAUCUUAAAGACAACCUAUCAUUCACAGUAAAAGCUCUCGAAAGCCCGACUUCAAACCCUGCGGCAGAUUGUAGGAACACUCCAAGUGUUGUUCGAAACGGGAAAGCUUGCGCCGGGCAAGUUUUGUUCGAAGACAAUUUUGAUAGUUUAAGAGAAGAUUUGUGGCAAAUUGAACAAUAUAUACCCGAUGAGCCUGAUUUUCCUUUCGUUUCCUACCAGCGACCGCCGAAUGCACCAACGGUGGUCGUGGAAGGAGGGUAUCUGAAGAUUGAACCUAAACUGCAACAAGAUCUGCCUGGAUAUUCUAAUAAUUCAAUAUAUAUGGGAAAAUUAGAUCUUUUAAAUGGUUGUACAGCUGUUUCAUCGAAAUGUCACGUUGAAGCGUGGGGCGCAAGUAUAAUACCACCAAUAGCCAGCGGCAAACUUACAUCAAAGACAUUUGGAUUCACAUACGGCGUUGUUGAAGUGAGAGCAAAAUUACCUCAAGGGGACUGGAUUUAUCCAGAUAUACUAAUCGAGUCGCUAUUCAAAAAAUAUGGAGUUACAAACUACGCGUCGGGUGUCAUAAGGGUUGCUGGUGCGUUGGGAAACCAACAGUUGUCGGCUGGAAAUAUUGAAAUGGGAAACAAGGUCUUGUACGGUGGUCCAAUAAUGGACUUGAAGUGUCGAAGAAGUUUACUCAGCAAGAAAAACUCAAACAAGCCCUGGGGAGACGAUUUCCAUAUAUACACUCUGCGUUGGGAACCAGAGAGAAUAACGUUGUUUGUGGACGGUGAAGAAUGGGGUCGCACGGAACCAGCCGCGAGUGGUCUUCGUGGGAGAUUAGGACCUAAUUGUGAUGCACCUCGCGCUGCAGCUACCGACCUAUCACCUUUCGACGAUUACUUCUUCCUUACAUUGGGUUUGACGACGGGUGGAGUUACUGAAUUCGAUGAUGACGUAACGUCCCAAGGAAUACCAAAACCGUGGAGGAACACUGGUCGCAAGGCUAGUUUAAGAUUUUGGCAAGACAUGUCUUCUUGGCUUCCGACGUGGAGACAGCCAGCUUUACUCGUAGAUUACGUUAGAGUUACAGCUCUUUGAAUCAUUCUUCCUAAAGUCAGUUGAAAACCAUAUGUCCUAUCUAUAAUACUACUUUUUAUUUAUACUUUAUACAUCUUUAAUAAGAAGUUCCUCUUGUAAUAAGGAUCUCUAGUCGCAAAUAAAAUCAAUAAACAAAAAAAAAAAACUUGAAAACUUGUCGCUUUAAAAAAUUUAUUUUAAAAAAUCAUGAGAAUGUAUGUAAAAAAGGCUUUCUUUCUUUAUAGGGCGCUUAUUUUGACGUAAUCUAUUAAUAAAGGUUGGGUCCAAGUUUGGUACCAAUUCGGGAGGUCCUUCCAGAAUUUCUGUAGCGCUCUUCUUUCUUUAUUGCGCCAUGGUUUCACCCCUACUGUUCCAGUGAUGUUAUCUGGAAAUAUCAUGCCACCGACUGCCACUCCCAAAGUCAAGGAGAACUAUAGAAAAAAUUGUUUGGGUUAUAUAACAUUACCUUUUUACGCAGUCUGUUAGGAAGCAUGGGGAGAUUUAUUUUAUUUAUCCUUGCAAUCUUUUAAUAACUUAUAAAACACGUCGAAUAAGGAUUUAAUACGAAAAAGUAUCACUACUAUAACAGUGACAUGAAACGAUUACUUACGUGAUGAUCAAAUGGAGCCAUCUUGCCCCCUGUACCGAGAAGUUCAAACCAAUUCUUGCGACAGUUUAAGGGCAACCAAGAUCGAAGUCCUCUGCGACCUGGCCGGAAACGAUCCCACAUCUCUCCAUCUACAUAUUGUUCUAUGGCAUCUAGAACGUAGGAUUGAAUCGCAUAUGAUUCACAGUAUACCGAUAGUUUUAACAAUGGAAAUCAAUUUUCAUAUUUAUAAAAUCUCAAAAGAGUAUAUCUUUUUAUAUUAAAGAUAUAGAAUUAAUAGCAUAAUAGCAGUUAUUUAACAAUACAUCGAUACUAACCGGGUGUCCACUUCAAGGAGUAGAUAUGAAAAUCAUCGGACCAUGUUCCAUUCGAUAUCUUUUUUGUAGUUUUGUGAUCCGAUAAACAUGCAAUAUUCAAUAAGGGACUUCCCCCUAAAAACUAAGUAUUUAACAAUAAAAAAAAUAUAUACAGCAAUUAUUGAAAUAUUUUUUUAUAAAUUACUUUGUUAUUAUACGUGUCAUUUGAUCCUUCAUUUCCGAAUACUGAGGCAAUUUUCAAAACACCAGAGGAGUAAUUCGCGUUGCCGUAUUUUUUCGUUAAUGACUCCAACUGAAUUUCUGAAAUAAUAUAAAAAUAAUAACUCUUAACUGUGACUAUCUGAAACAAUAUAAGAAAUAGAGUACGUUUUUCUAUUGUAUAACAUACCUGGAUAAAGCCAGUCGCCAAUAGGCAUCUUGGCACGAAUUUCGACAAUCCCAUAAGUAAAAGCCACUUUAGCUUUAAGUUUGCCACUAAGUACAGCCGAAAAUAUACCAGGUUGGUCUGCACAUAUUUUAUUUGUGCACCUAAAAAAAAUUAAGGUUUAGGUCAUGCUUUUGGAAGUUUACAAAGCAAGUAUAUGUGAGAAUUACUCGUCUCCCAAGUGAGAUUUUUCGUAUAGAAAAGAUCCAUCGGAAAAUUCGGUAAUAUUUCCCGGUAGCCUAGGUUUUAUAACCAGUAAUCCAUCUUCGACAAAAACGGUUGGAUUGGAAGGUUUAUUCUGAUACGUUACAAAGGGAUGGUACUGUAACAGAAAAAAAUAUAUAUUAAAAUCAAUAGCCUUUGUGUUUAUACAUGUUGUAUGUUUGCAAGGUUGGAUCCCGUUAUAAAAUCUGUUACUCACUGGAUCAUCAUGAGGUAUGUACUGUUCAAUCUGCCAUAGGUCCUUUCUAAACGUAUCAAAGUGAUCUUCAAAUAUCGUCUUGUCACUGCAAGCUUUGCCUUUAAAAAUUUCGGUAGCGGUUCUUUUACAAGUAUUGUAAACGUCAGGCGAAGGUUCCAAUAAAUCUUUUUUAUG